UCUCAUGUAUGUCGCACAUGUAUUCCUGAACUAAUAAUUCUGCUGUAUAGUAGCUUUAAUUACAACCGUAGGAUUUUAAAACGGGAAUUAUUUUCGCUUCACACUGUGUUUUGUGUGUUUUUUUUUAAUAUUGCGGUUUUUUUUUUGUGAAAAUGAGGACAUACUGGAUUUACUUGGUUACUUGGAGUGUCUUGGGAUUAGUGUCAGCUCAGAUGGAUACACAUUUUAAUUUUACGUACAAUAUGGCAACGCUUUGUAAAGAGCAUCUAUGUCAACAUGGCUACAGCUACGAAGUCUUCUAUCAAGUGAAUGCAGAAGAUAGGAAGAUGGCAAGAUCAGAUCCCAGCAUAGUCUAUGAAAUGCAUAUUGCUAUAUUGGCAGCUAGCAAUGGACAUAUUCUCUUGUCUACUGUACCAAAACCUGAUAUAACCGAUCCUGUUUAUGAAAUCGUUGUGGGUGGAGGCGGUAACAGAUUCACAGAACUUCGUGCAAAUCUGAAAAGAAAUGCUAAAGCAUCGGCUAAAACCGUUCAAAUAUUGUCUCCAAUAGAGUUCAGGGCAUUCUACAUUAAAAUUACUGAAGAUGGUCUUAUUGAAUUUGGAAAAGAAGGGGACGUCUUACCAAUUCUGAGUUAUCAGGAUAUGAAUCCUAUUACUGUCAGAUAUUUCAGUUUUGCUGCUUGGUCUGGCGUUGAAGCGAAAUUUCUUUACGAUUGUCCAAUACCUUCAGCUAAUGGCUCUGAAGUUACACCUGAUUCAAAGGCAGUGGAACCAAAAAUGUCAAAUUCUGAUAAAUUGAGGAGAACUCUGCUACUUGGCAAAGACCCUGCCGUUCCACCAGGACCCGAAGUUACUGUUACUUUAGGGGUUAAAGUUACUAGUGUAUCAUACGACGCAUUUACGUCCAAAUUGACUACUGGAUUGUCUAUAUUAAGAAAGUGGACAGAUGACGGUAUGGCUUGGAAUCCUAAUAAAUUCAAUGGGAUCGAUCAACUCUUAUUUAGACAAGGACAAAUAUGGAGUCCAUUAUUGACUGUGUUCAACUCCGAUAGCGUAACUAUGCUUGACGAUAGAAAUCCCGAAUUGAUUUCAAUGGACAAUAGUGGUACAGCAGUUGUGCACAUGAGGACUACAACAGACACUUGGUGCUACGAUUAUGGGAACAUUAUAACUGAGUGGCCACGAGACGGUUAUGUUUGCGCUAUAGUUAUUGAACUAUGGGAAAUGCAUGAAAAGGUCACAUUGAAACUGCUUAAUCCUUCAUCCAGUUACGAGAUGGAAAUUCUUUCGGGAUUAGAUGAAGAAAUCAUAAACGCUUGGGAUGUGUCGACCGCGGGGAGCAUUGUAAAUGCGGCAGCGUGGAAGUCACUGAUAAAUCUACGCACCAAUGCGACAGAUUUGUACGCAAAUACUGAUAAUUUUACACACCAAAGUGACAGAUAUGUGAUUAACAUUUCAUUACAACGUCGGGCAACCGCUUAUAAUAUUGUAUUUUACACGCCUUUACUCGUUCUAGCUACAUUUGUGUUGCUCUCAUUUUGGAGCGAGCCUUUGAACAUGAAGAGGGUUUGGUUUUACGCCGGCUGUAGUGUCGUUAUAUGCAUGGGUCUCUGUUACAUCGACGUUUUGGUUCCCUGUCAUACCAUCCCUUCCAUAUUAAUUUUUUACAUAGUUGUUUUAUUUGGAGUUCUUUUGGCUAUGUUAACUCAGUUGGCGCUAAUGACAUCUGUGGCCAAAAAUAUUUGCAAGACGGCCACCAUUCAAAGUGUCUUAACUUCUCACUACUUUAGGAGUUUAUUUUGCUUAGCACCAUUAAAGGUGUGCCAUAUCUAUGAAACCGUGAAUGAAGGCUAUGAUUCUGAUGUAGUAGAACCUCCAAGAAGUGGCAGUGUAGAAGAAAUGGAGAGUGAUAAGGAUGAAUAUAACGAAUCCAAAGAUUUAGCCGAGGUUUUAGACAAAACAAUGUUUGUGAUUUAUUCUCUAACAUUUGCUAUUAUGCUUGCAUUACAUUUUUAAUAGUUUCAUCCAAUUGUGAAUAGUUUAUAAAUCGAUAUAAUAAAAUAUUAAAAACAAUAACAAUUC